AUGUCCGACAACAAAGGAUCCCCCGAUGUGUACAAAGUCUUUACACCAGAGUUCGAUACAGUAGCUUACGACCCUUUGGAUCCUCCCAAGCGAUACCACACAGGUAUCUAUAUUGAAAAAGACGCGGAGAAUCAGCAAGGAUUCUUUGAUGACGUCACUGGCGAUAUCAUCGCCAAAAGCGGCAUGCGGUUCGAGGUGAAGGAUGACUAUAUCCCUGUCGCAACUAGGGGUAUCUUGGAAGCCUUGCCACGACCGACCAAACAGCAGGGACUUGACUUUUGGAGCACGGAUCCAGCUAAGCGGAAUAAGCUUACUUGGACAAAGGAGAAUGGGGAGCUGUACAGGCCAGGCGAGCAACAACGGCCAAUCAUGAAGUGUAAUGAAUGGACACAUCAGGUUGCGAUUCCGAAAUUGCGACAGAAAGGAAUUUUACACUGA